GAAACCGGAAGCGGUCUUGACGCGCUUGGUAAAGCCGACGGCGCUGUUUUUUUUUAAAUACGGAUAGUACGGAACUAGUGAAAACGACAGAACUUGUUUAUUUUAGUUGAACAUUCAUUAGUGCUGUGAGUGAAUCGGGGUUAUUAACUGUAACUGUGUGUAGUUAUAUUCCGCUCUAGUCGUAUAUCGUGAGAAAGAGAGCGAGCGCGAGGCCGGGUGUGCGCAAGCUUCCUCCUGUUGCUGGCAGGUUAGCUUGCAGCUAACUUCUGUGGCAAAAUCUUUGGGACAGAGGGAAAAAUAAAACAAACCCACAGAACAAAUAUGACCGAAUCCGACAAAUUAAACAUCGAUUCUGUCAUCCAGCGUCUUUUAGAAGUGAAAGGCUCUAGACCUGGUAAAAAUGUGCAGCUGACAGAGAACGAGAUCCGUGGGCUGUGUCUCAAAUCCAGGGAGAUUUUUCUCAGCCAGCCCAUUCUACUCGAGCUGGAAGCACCUCUGAAAAUUUGCGGCGAUGUCCACGGUCAGUACUACGACCUGCUCAGGCUUUUUGAGUAUGGCGGAUACCCCCCGGAGAGUAACUACCUGUUUUUGGGAGACUAUGUGGACAGAGGGAAGCAGUCUUUAGAGACCAUUUGCUUGUUGUUGGCCUACAAGAUUAAAUACCCAGAGAACUUUUUCCUGCUCAGAGGGAACCAUGAGUGCGCCUCCAUCAACAGGAUAUACGGCUUCUACGAUGAGUGUAAAAGACGCUACAACAUUAAACUAUGGAAGACGUUUACAGACUGCUUCAACUGCUUACCCGUGGCAGCCAUUGUCGAUGAGAAGAUUUUCUGCUGCCAUGGAGGCCUGUCUCCGGACCUGCAGUCAAUGGAGCAGAUCCGGCGUGUGAUGAGACCCACAGACGUGCCGGAUCAGGGGCUGCUGUGUGACCUGCUCUGGGCCGAUCCUGAUAAAGAUGUGACAGGCUGGGGCGAAAACGAUCGUGGCGUCUCCUUCACCUUUGGCUCUGAUGUUGUUGCCAAGUUCCUGCACAAACACGACAUGGACCUCAUCUGCAGAGCACAUCAGGUGGUGGAGGAUGGAUACGAGUUCUUUGCAAAGCGGCAGUUGGUGACGCUCUUCUCUGCCCCGAACUACUGUGGCGAGUUUGACAACGCCGGCGCCAUGAUGAGCGUGGACGAGACGCUCAUGUGCUCCUUCCAGAUCUUGAAGCCUGCCGACAAGAAGCAGUUAGCGUACAGCGGUGCCGGAGCGUUUGGCUCCGGCCGACCUGUCACGCCCCCGAGAAACGCUGCCAAGGGAGGCAAAGCCAAGAAAUAACACAAACUCUCACACAACACAUUCAUUUUUUUCUCUCUUGCGCGCACACACACACACACACACACACACACACUGUCUCUUCCUCUCCUUUUUUCUUCAGUCUACCUCUCCUUUUAUUCCUCAUCCUUCACAUUUCUCUCUCUACUUGCUGUAAAUGUUUU